AUGCAAUUCGUCAAGUUGCCUCUUCUCUUCUUCUCCCUCAUCUUCCUGUUGUUCGUCUUCGUUCCGUCGACCCUCGCCCAAUCGUCACAGGAGGAAUCAUUUUUCCGGCUCCAAAAGUCCGGACGUCCAAUGAUGAAGGCCUUCAUGAACCGCUUCCCAUACCACAAUCCAAUGUUCACUCUUCGUGAAGAAGGUGGUCGUCAACGUCCAUUCUCAGGAUUCUGA